AUGCAUAACUAUUCGCAUCGCGGUGCCGAGGAUCCCGAGACGGAAGAAAUGUUGACCGUCAGCAUGGAGGGAAAACGGAAUUGGCUGCGCAUGUCACAGUACGCAUACAUAACCACGAAAGAGUACGUCAAACUGGGAUGCUCUUUAGCCGCCGUGCAAGUGCGAUCCUCGCUGCGGGGGGCACAGUUGUUUUGGCAAGAUGCCUGGCAAUCACUUCUACCGCACAGCCUCGUUUCAAAGAACAGCAAGUGUCUUUGCCUGGACGACGGUCUCGACGACGUUAUCGAGUAUAGUCUCACAUCCCUCCUUUGUGAGAUUGCCGCAACGGCGGAGAUUACACAUGGGCAGUCCGUAAGCAUGACACUGCUGAGGGCAUUUAGGAGGCAGUCGUGUUUUGUCGCCUGCGCCCCGCGGGAGCACCAGGUGGCGUUUGAGAUGGUGGCAACCGAUUCGGCCAUUCCAGCAAUGCAGCUCCGCGGUGCUCCAUUGAAUGUGACGUAUGAGGAGGCGACGCGUUUAACAAGUUUGUUAAGUGAGGCUCUGGCGUGUGAGUGGUACUGGCUAACGCACCCCCCCGUGGCUGCUGCUGCACCCGCUCGGACACCGGAUAGCGGAAACUUGUUAACGGAAUCCCAUGUUCUCGCCCUGAUGCUUGAUAACUGCCCCGAGUUUAAUCUUAUCUGGAUGGCUGUGUCCGAGGCAAGUGUUUGGCUGACGUUCUUGGAUGCCCUUUACGGCACAGGGAGGCCGCAAGCAAAGGAGGAAGUGGAAGCGGAGAAAAAUAGUGGAGCUAAGAGGGCUGCAGUAUAUCAUCACUGCAGCACGGCUCUUCUUAACACUAAUCUCGCAAACCAUAGUAUGUUGUUACACAGCCUAAGGUGUUCCGCGGCGGAGAUUUUGGUGAUGGAGGAGAGGUACGUCCCGUUUCUUUUUGCCGACGAGGACGACCUGUCUGGGGAGGGCGAGCAUCGGGAAAGAAAGAGGAGGCCUGUGCAGCUUCCACCGUGCGUCCGAAGGGUGUUUCUCUGGCGAGCGGCGCCAUUGAAUGCCCCGAAAAGCAGCGAAGGGAGUAGAGCUGUGGAUGCUCGACGAGCUGCGAACGCUUCAAUGAGGCGUGGCACUGCAGUAAUCACAGCAAUCCCACGGGCAUCGACCUCUUCGAUCUUGUGCGUGCCAACUACGAUCUACAGUCACAGCCGUCCGCCUUCACUAUCCUCAAGGCACGUAUUCUUUGCGCUCCGCCGGCAGCUCACAAAGCGGCAGCCGCAACGGGGUGGCAGAGGCAGCGGCAGCAGCAGCAGCAGCUACGCGGUGCCUGCAUACGGAAUACAACACGAGAAGCCCUGCUGCGGUUUCUUCCGGUGA